AUGGCUGAAUUACUUGUGGAGAUGGUGUUGGAACAAUUUGCUUCAGUCACUCGUCAACAGGCAGAAGAAGGGAUUAGGCUGAUUGCAGGUGCUGGCCAAGAAGUUGAAAAGCUUCAAAGCAACUUCCUGUCCAUUCAAGCUGUUCUUGAUGAUGCUGAGAACAGACAGGCUAAGGAAAUCGCCGUGAGAGUUUGGUUAGCCAAGCUUCCAGACGUGUCUUAUGACAUUGACGAUGUGCUGGAUGAGUGGAACACGAAGCUUCAGAAAUUGAAAAUUAAGAAAGCUGAAGCUGCAUUUAAUCCACUGAAAAAGGUAUGUUCCUUCUUUUUUCACUAUCGCGCUUGUAGGCCAUUGGUUUUGCGUUAUGACAUUGGUGUCAAGAUAAAAGAUCUUGAUAGAAAACUAGAUAUUAUUGCAAUGGAAAAAGCAAGGUUCAACUUUAGAUCAAUGGCGGAGGGUAACAAAGAAAUAGAGCAACCAAUGACAACCUCUCUUGUUGAUUUAGCAGAGGUUUAUGGAAGAGAUGAUGACAAGACUGCAAUUAUAGAUUUUUUGCUGAGUCAGAGUAGUUGUGUGCAAGACCUCUGCAUCAUCUCUAUAGUAGGGAUAGGAGGAAUCGGUAAGACAACUCUAGUCCAAUUAGUUUUUAAUGAUGAUAAAGUGAACAUUUAUUUUGACAAAAAAAUAUGGGUAUGCGUCUCCAAGCCUUUUGAUGAGCUUAGGAUUGCCAAAGCAAUCCUUGAAUCUCUUACAAAUAAUGCACCGAACUUAUAUGAGUUAGAAACUGUAGUGCAAAAAAUACGUCAACAUUUAGAGAGAAAGAAGUUUCUUUUUGUCUUGGACGAUGUGCGGAUUGAAAAUCCGAAAAAUUGGGAAACUUUGAAAUCUUGUAUUAUAUGUGGUUCGAUAAAAAGUUGA